AUGUUGCCCUCUCUUGUACCACUCUUCUUAUUUGUGCUUCCUGUUAUUUCUGCCUCAGCAGAAGACUGGCGUAGCAGAUCCAUUUACCAGCUCGUUACAGACAGGUUCGCCACCACUAACGGCUCCAGUCCCCCAUGCGACACUUCCAACCGCAAGUAUUGCGGUGGUACAUGGCAGGGAGUGAUCAACAAGCUCCCCUACAUCCAAAACAUGGGUUUUGACGCCGUUUGGAUCUCCCCCAUCGUUGCGAAUGUUGAAGGUUUUACCGCAUAUGGAGAAGCGUUCCACGGCUACUGGACACAGAACAUUGAUGCCAUAAAUUAUCAUUUUGGCUCAGAAGAUGACCUCAAGGCUCUUUCGUCGGCAUUACAUCAAAGUAACAUGUAUCUUAUGGUUGACGUCGUCGUUAACCACAUGGCCGCAACUACGAACCCACCGGAUUAUUCUACGUUCCAACCAUUCGAUAUACAAUCUGACUUCCACUCCGAGUGCUUCAUCAGUAAUUACUCGAACCAGACUAACGUCGAGCAGUGCUGGCUUGGCGAUACGAACUUGCCUUUGGCUGAUCUGGAUACAGAGGAUGAUACGAUUGUUAACUCGAUGUAUUCUUGGAUCAAGACCGUCGUAGGAAACUUCACCGCGGAUGGCAUACGCAUUGAUACCGUCAAACAUAUACGGAAGGACUUCUGGCCCCAGUUCGCGCAGUCUGCGGAGGUCAUUGAUAGCGUACUGGACUACCCUGCCUGGUUCCCUCUUACCUCGGGUUUCCAGUCAACCAGUGGCAACCUCUCGGCACUCGCUGAGACUGUACAAGCAGCACAGGGUUCCUACAAGGAUGGACAGUUCGUGACGGGCUCGUUCCUAGAGAAUCACGACCAGCCACGAUUCCAAUCUUUAACUCAGGACCAAGCGUUGGUAAAAAAUGCUAUGACCUGGCCUUUUGUGCAAGACGGCAUCCCUAUCCUGUACUAUGGUCAGGAACAGGGCUACACUGGCGGAGCUGACCCCGCCAAUCGCGAAGCGCUUUGGCUCUCCGGAUAUGUGGAGGACAACAAACCACUGCUCACGCAUGUCAAAACUCUCAACGCCGUACGCAAGAUGGCCGCGGCCGCGAACAGCAGCUUUCUGACUACAGCCGCCAAGUUUUCCUCCACCACAUCGACACUCGCUGUAUCCAAGCCACCGUUGCUUACCCUGCUCACCAACGGUGGCAACUCGUCGACGCCGACUUGGACCGUUUCUGAUACUGGGUUUAAGCCGAAUGAGCAGCUUGUCGAGGUUUUAUCCUGCUCACUGCUCAGCGCAGACAAGAAAGGCGGCGUCAGUGUGCAUGGUUCUGGGGGCAUGCCUCAGGUUAUCAUGCCGAGGUCUGCGUUGAAUCAGUCUGGCAGUGUUUGUCCCAGCCUUGCGACGUCCUCUGGCUCUCAGGCUUCCUCUGCGGCUGACUUGACCUUACCUUUAGCAGCAACGCUAGUACUUGGGAUACUCUCCGCGAUAUUCGCUGCCUGA